UCUCUCUUCCUUUUGCAGUAUUAAAACUCCCAGUUGCUAUCCCUUUUCCAGGAAAGAAAAUCUUAAUGAUUUGCAGCCAUUUUUCUUUCUCUCUGCAGAUGUCAUAGCUAGCUGCACUACUCCUCCAAAGCAGAUUAUUAUUUCUUCAUCUUUCAUUUCACCAUUAUUGUCUUCCUAGCUAGCUAGCUCUUCCCACAUCGGAAAGAAAACCCUUCUUCUUCUUCCUUUCUUUUUCCAUGCAAAAUCUAGCAAUAUGGCAUCUUUUUUUUUUUCUUUUUUUUUUUUUUUUCAACUUUCUUGAGUUACAAAGGAAAACCCUAAAAGCAGAAGAAAACUGAAAAAAAAAAUAAAAAAAUAAAAAAAAAACCCAUCCCUUCCAAGAUCCGGGAAAAACAAAAGCGAUUAAUUAACAAAAACCCAGAAUCAAAAAUAAAAAAAAAAGCAACUUUUUUUUUUUUUGUUAGAAUUUUAUUCUCCAUGGAUUUAGUUUCUUCCCAACCAAACAACCCCACAUAUGACGUCAUCACCCCCAUAAUACCCAACACUACUACUACUAAUGCAACUCCACCCAGAACUCCAUCGACUGCCACGUCAUCGCCAUCUUCCGCCGCCACCACUCCAAGCCGCUACGAGAACCAGAAGAGGCGAGACUGGAACACCUUCUGCCAGUACCUGAGAAACCACAAGCCACCGCUCUCGCUUCCCAUGUGCAGCGGCGCCCACGUGCUCGAAUUCCUCCGCUACCUCGACCAAUUCGGGAAGACCAAGGUCCACAACCAGACCUGUCCCUUCUUCGGGCUCCCGAACCCGCCCGCUCCCUGCCCGUGCCCGCUCCGGCAGGCGUGGGGGAGCCUCGACGCGCUCAUCGGCCGCCUCCGCGCCGCCUACGAAGAGCACGGCGGGCGGCCGGAGGCCAACCCCUUCGGUGCAAGAGCUGUGAGGCUGUUUUUGCGUGAGGUUCGUGAUUUUCAGGCCAAGGCAAGAGGUGUCAGCUAUGACAAGAAGCGGAAAAGGCCCAAGCCCAAGAACAUGGCCCCUCCUCCAAGUAAUAAUGCAAAUUGAUGGGUAUUUCUUUUAAUUUCUUCUCCUAUUUUUCCCUUUAAUUAUUAGUAUUUAUAAGGAGAGGGGUUGUUUCUUUGUGGUGGCUUUUUUGUGCAAGUUUAAGGUGGUUUCUGGAUUCGUGGGCUUGAAAGAAAAAAAACUGUUCUACUAGCGGAUGUUUGUAUAAAUAUAUAUGUUUAUAUAUAUUUAUAUGUUCUUAAUUAAAGACUCCAUGUAAUUUUAAUUGAAAAAAUGGGAAAUUCUCAGUUAUU